AUUACACGUGAAUUACAUUGUACUAGACGUUGAGUUGUAUAAUCUGCUGUCGGUUUUUAAAUAAUAUCGUCACAGCCAAAGCCAUAGAGGAAUUACAAUUUUCAACCCAGUAUUAUUUUCAGCAUUACAUAAUGAAAGAAUAGCACCCAAACACCCAAAAUUAAAGCCAGACAAUAACACCAAAUGACCUUGGGCAUGAAUUUCCAUUUUUCAAUGCUGCUGAACUCAUUCUAUGAAGACUAUCAUGCCUGCUAACUACCCGUAAUAUUUGCGAAGUGACUGAAUCUUGAGAAAUUGUUUCUUAAGAACUACGAAAAUUAUACUAGUCUAAAACUUGAGUUUUAAGUACGUUAGGACUAUGUUUCCCUUGACCGUGAACCGUUUAUCUCUAGCUUUAUAUGUUGAUAAGAGGGGCAUGGCACAGUUGUUAAAGAUGAUGAAAGCAGUGCGAGUUCACAAAUUUGGCGGGCCAGAAGUUUUAAAAACUGAAACCAUCCCUAUUCCAAGAAUAAAACAUAACGAGGUGCUUAUUCAUGUUAGGGCCGCUGGUAUUAAUCCCGCCGACACGUACAUUAGAAGUGGUGGUUAUGGACUCUUGCCAGAACUACCUGCAAUUCUGGGGAAGGAUGUAGCUGGAGAAGUAGAGGAAGUCGGCGAAACGGUGAAGAACUUUAAGAAAGGCCAGAGAGUGUUUGCAGAGUUGCAGGACAGGAAUGGUGGCUAUGCAGAGUACGUCGCUUGUCCAGAAGAUAAUGUUUUUCCACUGGCACACAGACUGACCUUUGCACAAGGAGCUGGUCUUUACAUUCCAUAUGUCACAGCCUACAGGGGACUGGUAACAAAGUGUAAAGCAAAAGCUGGGCAGCUGUUGUUGGUGCAUGGGGCCAGUGGCGCUGUGGGUGUGGCAGCUGUGCAGCUGGCAAAAUCUCUCGGUCUCACUGUUGUUGGAACUGCAGGAUCAUCUGAAGGACUUGAACUGGUGAAAAAAGUGGGAGCUGAUCAUGUGUUCAAUCACAGGACAGAUGGGUACCUGGAAGAUGCGGUAAAGACUGUUGGAAAGUUUGACAUAAUAUUUGAAAAUCUUUCUAAUGUGAAUCUGGGAGCAGAUCUGACAGUUAUGAACAAGAAUGCAUCUAUAGCGAUUGUGGGAUGUCGAGGAACAGUUGAAAUAAAUCCGAGGCUUAUAAUGCAAGCAGAGGCAACAGUGCAUGGUGUCUUCCUCUACAACUCAACUUCAGAGGAGAGGCAGGCUGCUAUUGACAAUCUCUUGGAGGGAAUUGCCAAAGGCUGGGUCAACCCUGUCGUGGCUAAGGAGUACAAGUUUGAGGAAGCUCCUCAAGCUCAUCACGACAUCAUCCAUACCAAGGGAGCAACAGGCAGGCUUGUGUUAACUCCCUGAGGAUGCAUUUAGAGGGCUGGGCAUAAAACACACCCACUAAUAUCCUUCUGUUGUUCGGUUCUGUGUUUCUAUAAGUGGAAAUCUGGGUUUGGGGGUCAACUGCCAGCAGCUGUAUUUUUAAAUGUUGAUUAUGGUUCAUUAGUGCUCAUCUGAUGUUACUUUAAUUUCAUGAAGUGGAUUGGUACUUUGUUAUUUCAUAGCAGGAACAAUAACACAUACUUACCAGGAGUUACAACAAUGUGCAGAGUGAAUGUUUAGUGAACAGAGGGACAUCAUUUGAUUUGAAAAUGAAACUGAGAUUAUUUACAUGAUGGAGGUACAAUAAAUGCAGUGGAAAAGGAACAGCUUACCAAUGGACUGUGGAAAUGAGUUAUGGAUCAAGUUGUUGGAUGAUUUAGUGUAGUGGAGUUUAGUUGUAACAAGCUAGAGCUCAUGUAAUAUGGUGCGUCCUGAAGUGAAAUAUGUCUAUGGAGUCAGUGUCCUUCAAGUAAUCUUUUGUUUUGUUCAGACGUACAAUCAUAAACAAAUGGAAUUAUGACACAUAUAAUUGCAACUUAACUGAAAUUGUACAUGAAAUUAUGAUACAUGCAGUUCAAAUGAA